GACAAGGGUAUUAUUGUAAUUAAACCAACAAUAAGAAGAAUAGUUCUGAAAAAGGAAUAAGGAAAAAUGAAAAAACGGGAAACGAAAAAUCUUAUCUUAAAUAUUAAAUUCGUACUUCUUUCAAAAAAAAAAAAAUAUAUUAAAUUCGUACAUAAAAGUGACAGUAACUAUAUCCUAAAUUUAAUCAAAACUUUGGUUUGUGGGUAAGCCUUUCAUUGGUCCAAAACUAAAAAAAAUAUUAAUAAUAAUAAAAAAAAACUCUCGAAGAACAACAACAAAAAACCAAAAAUCUUUUCUUCCCCACUCUCUCGGCCAUUUAUGAAUGGGAAAUGAAAAACUUCAAUUUCCCAAUACUAAAUGACCAAAGCCCAAAUUCAAUUUUAGCAAGAGAAAGCAUAAUUACGCACCAAAACAACGAUCAAACUCAAUCAGAACAACCCCUCAACGAAUGGGAUUUUAAUCUCCGCACUGUCGUUUCAUCACUUUCAGGCACAGUCGCCGCUUCGGACGCCCUCGGCGUCAUCGAAUUUGAUCCCUCUGAUAACAUUUUCGCCACAGGAGGCAUAGCUAGAAAGAUACGAAUAUACAGAUUGAAUUCAUUGUUAUCCCCAAACGACGAUCAAACCGACGUCGUUUUACUCGACCAUGCGGCCGCGUACGACUACUAUAUUUGCACGCCUGCGAAGCUCAGUAGCCUCCGGUGGAGACCCGGCACCGGUGGACGAAUACUUGGCUCCGGUGACUACGACGGCGUCGUUACGGAGUACGACCUGGAGAGAAAGACGCCCGUGUUCGAGCGUGACGAGCACGGUGGCCGGCGCGUUUGGAGCGUGGACUACUCGCAUUGGGACGUUCAUCCGGUAUUAGGCGCGUCAGGGUCCGACGAUGGAACCAUGCAAAUGUGGGACACGCGCUGUGAGAGAGGGGAAUGCGUGGCUACGGUGCGGCCCAGCGGAGCUCGGUGCGCGGUUUGUUGCGUCGAGUUUAAUCCGUUUGGUGGGCCGUUGGUAGCCGUUGGAUGCGCUGAUCGGAGGGCUUACGGGUACGAUAUUAGGAAACUUUCUGAUCCUGUUUUGGUUCUAGACGGGCAUAAGAAAACGGUGUCGUAUGUUCGGUUCCUUGAUAGCCGUACGAUGGUCUCAGCUGGUACAGAUGGGUGUUUGAAGCAAUGGGACACGGACCAGUCACGUGUGGUUCGCACGUACGAGGGACACGUAAACAGUCGGAGCUUUGUUGGGUUAUCGGUUUGGAGGAACGGCGGGUUACUAGGGUGCGGGUCGGAGAAUAACAAAGUAUUUGUUUAUGAUAAGAGGUGGGAGAAGCCUAUUUGGGUUCAUGGGUUCGGACCCAUGGGAGGAUCCGAACCCGAGUUCGAACAAGGCUUUGUGAGCAGUGUUUGCUGGAGACAAGUGGGGGAGGAGCGGUGCACCCUAGUGGCAGGUGGGUCGGAUGGGGUUUUGCAGAUUUUUGUUGGUAAUAGGAAGAAGCCAUGACAUGAUCCUCAUCUUCUUCUUAUUUUUCAAGUAAAUUACUCUUUUCUCCCUGAAGCUCCUCAAAAUUACUUGUUUCUCCAAUUUCUUUUCUUUCUUUCUUCUUUCUUUUCUUUUGGUAGGGCAGAAAGAUUGAGUAUGAGAAAUUUAAUUACAUGAGAAUUGUACUAAGAAAAUACUAUAGCUAAGGAGGAUAACUAAGUUGAAAGGAAGAUGAAUAUAGAGAUGCCAUUUUAUUUGCCUUUUA